AUGCCUCCUCCAGGUGAAAAGAAGCCUAACCAGGUGGAACAGAAAGUAGUGGACCCUGAAGCAGAACUCAGUAAUGCUGUGAGAAUUUACUUGAAGCUCGCGCCGCAAUGCACCGUAGCGAAGAGAGCUGGUGGUAUACCGCAGCUCGCUCCUCAAGAGAAGCAGCUCAGCAUCCUCGCGCACGAACUUCAUGAGACGCUGUUAUGCAUCAAUCUUGCCAGAAAAGGACAGCAUGCAGUCCGCGACGCCAACGUCAAAAGCGGUACCCGUAAGUCUAUAGUGGAGUAUGAACAGUUGGAGUCAGUGCUCAGGGAUGAGAGGGCGCAACAAGCUGAACUAGACUGCCUCAACUAUCUAGCACAGAAGAAUGUCAUUGAACUCUCCAAGAAAGUACCCACUGAAGCUGAUGAACUAGGCAUGAUUGAGAAUGCCAACAAUCGUCUUCGACGUAUGGAGAACAGACUUGACCUCGCCACGAAGAGAAACGGCUUCAACAUCCAAUGGAACCGCACUAUUGGCAAGCUGGUUAAAGGCAAGCUGUACCUGAUGGAUAUAUUUGAAAUAGCCUCUGUGGCAUUCGCAGAUAGAGACGAAUGCUGUCGCAAACUAGAAGCUCUCAAGUGGAAAGGACUCUUUCAACUAAAUAGGGAUAUUUCUGCCUACGCUGGUACCGAGAGAGUGCCACUCAUCAUUAAUCGCUUCCAAAUCAGUGAGAUCGAGAACUUCUCCUGUUUCAUACUGCUUUGCCAAGUGUUGCAGGAGUCUAUCAUUCUCAGGAGAGAAAUGGACGUGAUGAAGCAAAGAAUCUUUGACCAGCGGGAUUUAAAUGAAGCUCGAGAGGAGCAACAGGAUAAAAGAAUAGCGAACAUGACGCAACGAUUGGAAGAACUUCGUGCCAGUACACAGUUGAAGCAAGAACUUAAUAAUCAAGCUGAUGCUACCACUCUCAAGGUGCUGAAGGGAAUCGACGAACUUGUUAAAUUAGCGAAAUGUGACUGUAAUCCAUUAAUGUCACUCCUGGGCAACCACACUGAGGUGACCAAGUGGAACGUCUCCAAGUUCCUGGGGAUCUUGGAGAUGGAAGUCAAAAGUCUUAUACAAGUUGCUUACGGGGCUGUUAAGCCUCCACCCCCAACGCCCAAAGGACGCAAAGGUCCACAGGCACCUCCCACCAGUAAACUUGUGGCUGACCCAUACGUUGAAAUCAUACGACCGAACAGGAUUGAAAAGCUUGUACCUUACCAACCUUGUGCAUAUUGCGUGGAGGAUUACAUAAUGAACCUGGUGUUCGAGACGCCAGCGGUACCUGCCACAAAGGAAUACGUCGAAUCUAUAUUCCAUCUCGAAGAUAUAAACACGAAAUUCGAGAUCUAUACACUUACUAUACCAGCAAAACGUCAUCCGUUCCGAGAAAAGAAAGACUGAAUAUUUAUUUGUCAAUAAUUUGUUUCAAUCAAUAUUAUUUCAUAUUUAUUUAAAGCGGAUAUAAUAUCAUAGCUAAGCCGUUAUAAGUUAAGGUUGUGAUAUUACUUUUUGGC